AGGUAAGAAAAUAGGUAAGGAAAGCGUGCCACAAACCGCCGCAGCGGCACCAACAGCCACAGUUCACCAAGCAGCGAACCCAAAUGCACCACCGCAUCAUCAGCAGUUGGUCAUGCAACAGCAGGCAGCCGCACAACAAGCCGCUGCCCAGAGAGCAGCCAAUCACCAGCAGUUUUUGCAACAACAACAAAUGCAAAUGCAACACAGACAGCAACAGCAGCAGCAGCAGCAGAUGAUGAUGCAACAGCAGCAGCAGAAACAGCAGGCGUACCCACACGCACAGCCCAACGGAUCUCCGAGCACGACACCAGCGCAGGCACCAAAGACAACGGACACAACACCUGCACCUCAGCCUGCGAGUGGGACCACUCCGGGUAUCCACCCGUCCCGAAUGGCGGCCUUCGGAGGUGCCAAGGGUGCCGCAGCUGCGGUAGGAGCUGUGGGUCAACAACCCACUGCUGCACAAACCACCACACCCACAGCGCCUCAGCAAUCACAGCAGAACGCCCCACAACAGCAGCAAUCGCAACAAAUGCAGCAAUUCCCAGGAAUGCGUCCUGGCAUGCAGCCGAUGAUGCCGGGCUUUUCGGGUAUGGGACCACGCUCUGGGUUCGGCCCUGGAAUAAUGCCUAAUAUGGGCAUGGGGGGACCGGGAAUGAUGCCUAACAUGGGUAUGGGUAUGAUGAGACCCCCACAACAACAGGGACAGUGGCCGCCUCAACCGCAACAGCCUAUGCCACAGCCAGGUCAACCACCUGCCAAAAAGCCCAGGAUGGAUGGGCAGCAGUAGAGCCAGACCAGACCGAUGAUU